AUGAACUCUAGGUCAGUGAUGGAGGUGCAUCAUGUCAUUGGCUGUGCAAGCACUGGGUGGUCUCAGUCUUCACUGCGAUGACGGGACCAUAGCCUCACGUGCCCAACACCAGAACGAGUGUGGGUGAUUGUCUGGAUGGUGACGUCCCCUUGUCCUAUUCAACCCUGUAAAAAUCAGCCGAAACUACCCUCAUAUUAUGACGCUCCAAAAGGCAGAAUUCAAUCCGAGAGUUGCAUAUCCAUCAUUCGCGGCGGCCUCGAGACUAUCGACUGCUCUUCAAUAAAACACACCGCGGAGCUUCACAACAGUCAGAACGAUCACAAGCCUAUAAAAUCUAGCGACCAUGCUUGGGCGUUGUCGAUAAGCAGCGGAAUCAUUGAAAGCGCUCGGUGCGGGGAUGGGGCGUGUGCAGUUUUGAAGGUGCACUUUGGGGAAUCGAGACGCACUUUUUCCAUCCGGGCGUAUUCAGGGAAAAAAAAAAAAAAACAAGAAAGAAAAACAAAAGAAAGAAAAAAUAGGCCAAGACGAAUCAUUGUCGUGUCGUUUGUCGUCGUCGUCAAUGUCCCUGCGUGCCAUUGUGGUCUGGUCCGGAGGUCCAAGUUGAGAGAUUUGGCACGCCGCGUCCGUCUCCGUCCGGAAGUUUCCGUUUGCAGAUUCAUCGGAGUAUUCUCCGGCCCUGUGCCCCGAGUGUCUGGUGGCUGCCGGUCUCCCUGCGCACGUCCUUCUAGCACUAAGUGGCACUGCUGUCCUUCUUGUGCUCAUCAUCAGAGCGCCCGUGUCCUUUGGGAUUCAUCGGACGAGCAACUCUUCAGAGGUACGUAUGUACACUAGUUACAGUACCUGGCCAGAAUCGGCGUUUGGUGUGGUGGGUUUGGGCAGAAACAAGGAACCCUUCACCAAGAGGAAAGCGGAGAUGCGACUCGGUCGAAAU